GUUUCCGGUAACCACCGUUACUUCCUGUAAACAAAGCAGCCGUCAGGCUCCCCUGUUUUGCUCCGUUGCUAGCUGCUCUUCGGCGUCUCUGGCCAUGGCUCAGGCCGGCGUGGUUCUGGACAAGGACCAGUUCAACUGCUCGAUAUGUCUGGACGUGCUGAAGGACCCGGUGACCAUCCCCUGCGGCCACAGCUACUGCUCCAGCUGCAUCGAGAGCUACUGGGACCAGGACGACUACCUGGGGGUGUUCGCGUGCCCGCAGUGUCGGCAGACGUUCAACCCGAGGCCGGUGCUCGCCAGGAACACCAUGCUCACCGACGUGGUGGAGAAGUUCAAAAAGACCGGACUCCACGACGACACGCCGCCGCCGCCGAACCACAGCUUUGCUGAAGCGGACGACGUGGAGUGCGACGUGUGCGCCGGCAGGAAAAGCAGAGCUGUCAAGUGGUGUCUGGUGUGUUUGGCCUCGUACUGCGACCUGCACGUGCAGCCCCACUACGAGUCCGCUGCCUUCAAGAAGCACAAGCUGGUGUCGGCCUCCAAGAGGCUGCAGGAGGCCAUCUGUCCGCGGCACGACCGGCUGCUGGAGCUGUACUGCCGCACCGACGAGCGGUGCGCGUGCUACCUGUGUCUGGCGGACGAGCACAAAGGCCACGACACGGUGCUGGCCGCGGCCGAGAUGCAGCAGAGGCAGCGGCAGCUCUGUGACAUGAAGCAGAGCUCUCAGCUAAGAAUUCAACAAAGAGAAAAGGAGGCUCCAGAGCUCAGACAAGCCAUUUUCUCUCUCUCUCGCUCAGCUCGGGCCGCAGCCGAGGAGAGCGACGCCGUCUUCACCGAGCUGAUUCAGUCCAUCGAGCUGAAGCGUUUCGAGGUGAGAGAGCUGAUCAUGGCCCAGGAGAAGACGGCCGUCAGUCAGGCUGAGCAGCUGCUGGACAAGAUCCAGAAGGAGAUCACUGAGCUGAAGAAGAACGAGGCUGAGCUGGACAGACUGUGUCACACCGAGGACCACAUCCAAUUCCUUCAGAGUUCUCAGUCUGUCCUGGCUUCACCUAUACUGUCAGCGUUGCCCCCGGUUACCGUCGACCCCAACCUCAACUUUGGCCCAGUGAUGAAAGCUGUGUCCGAUUUUAAAGGCCUUUUGCAGGAGGUCUGCCAGGGAGGAUUUGUCAGCAUCUACGAGAGAAUGAGGGAUGUGGUGAUUGUAGGUCCUCCAGUUCCCACAGUCCACAUUAACGCCCCACAAUCUGCUGAUACUGGGUCAGCUGCACAAAUGGUAGCACCAGCAGUACCGCCUCUGUGUGGACUCGACCAAAGUCCCGUGAACCCCCUCAACCCAUUCCUCAACCCGGGACCUGCCUUGCCCACAUUUGCCUUCUCCCCAUUCGGCUCCAAACUCUCCACAGGAUCCAGACAGAGGCACCUUCAGCGGCGCGCGCACCCCAGGAGGAAAUGAUUUUCUUGUUCAUUUGUAAAAUGUAUUAAUUCACACGUCCUGACACUUGUGUGCAUUUAAUAAUUAAUCUUGUUAUAAAUUUAUUUAUUAAUUGAGCUUUAUUCGCUGCCUGAAUUAUAGCUGAAGUGCAUUUUCCACUGAGACUGAACACAUUACACCCAAAGUCAGUAUUUAUAAUUUAAAUUUAUGUAGCUUUGCUUUUUUAAAUACUUUUCAUUUUAAUGGUUAUAUUGCUUUGCAGACAGACAGUGGCAGCACAUUGUGAUUAGUGACUUGCUGACAUUAAAAGCAAACAAAACAGA